AUGACACUGUGUUGCGUCCUGCUGCAGAGCUGGUGCUUCUGCCUCAACGGGACCACCGAGGCCUCCGUGACCAGGGACCGUGGGCGCUUUUUGGCCGGGGGACCAAGGACCCUCUCCCCGUCGCGCGGGUCCCGCGACCCCGCGCCUGUUUUGGCGCCUUUCGGGACCGGCGGGAAACACGCCCCGCCCUCCCGCCGCCGCGUGACGUAUGAUGAUGAUGAUGUUGAAGAUGAUGACUCAGAUUCCCGUGCUGAAACGGAAGGAGAAAGGGAAGAGGACAGUAGUGAUGAUGAUAUUGAAAAUAGUCUCCCAGAAGAUCCAGAAACUUGUCUGCAGAUGAACCACGUGUACCAGGAAGUUAUCCAGGAGAAGAUUGAGGAAGUUGAAAUUUUGAUUGCACAAAACAGGGAACAGCAGAAGGAAAUCAUGUGGGAGCUUGGUGGUCCCAAACCAGCAAAAGCAGGAGAUGGUCGAAGCUUGCCGUCGAAUAUAUUUCUGGGUCAUUUUAUGAAGCCAUACUUUAAGGAUAAAACAACAGGAAUUGGCCCUCCAUCCAACGAAGAUGCCAGGGAAAAGGCAGCUCAAGGCAUAAAAUCCUUUGAGCAACUAAUUGCAACAAAAUGGAAAAGCAGAGAGAAGACUUUAUUGCACCAAUCGAUUGUAAGCGACCGCUUGCAGCGCCUACUUCAGCCCAAGUUACUGAAGUUGGAUUACUGGAACCAGAAGCUGGAAAAAGUCAAGACAGAAAUUGAGAAACAGAUCUUGGAAAAGCAAAUCAAAGAAGCAGAACGAGAAAUAGAGGCGAUUAACCAACUCCCAGAAAGCGACUUGCUAGGAAGCAGGUUUGAUGAGCAUGACUGGGAUAAAAUCUCAAACAUCCAUUUCGAUGGGCAUCGUAAUUCAGAAGAACUGAGGAAAUUUUGGCAAAAUUGGGAGCAUCCGAGCAUCAACAAAACGGAGUGGAGUGAGGAGGAAAUCGAGAAGCUCAAGGAAAUAGCUGCUAAUCACAACUAUCUGCACUGGCAGACUAUAGCCCAGGAACUGGGGACAAACAGGACUGCAUUCCAGUGCCUGCAGAAGUACCAAGCCUAUAACAAAGACUUGAAAAGGAAAGAAUGGACCAAAGAAGAAGACCGGAUGCUUGCAGAUCUCAUCCAGGAGAUGAGAGUUGGAAGUCAUAUCCCAUACAAGAAAAUUGCUUAUUACAUGGAAGGAAGAGAUUCUACCCAGCUGAUUUACCGAUGGACAAAGAGCGUGGAUCCCAGCUUGAAGAAAGGACCCUGGACACCAGAGGAAGAUGCUAUGUUGUUGAGUGCAGUUAAGAAGUAUGGAGCCCGUGACUGGUAUAAAAUCCGCACAGAAGUCCCGGGAAGAAGCGAUGCUCAGUGCAGAGAUCGGUACUUAAAAGCAUUGCACUGUGAUGUAAAGAAAGGCAAGUGGAGCUUGGAGGAAGAGGAGCAGCUCAUUGAACUGGUGGAAAAGCAUGGCCUGGGUCACUGGAGUAAAAUAGCUUCCGAGCUGCCACAUCGGACGGGCUCCCAGUGUCUGAGCAAGUGGAAACUCAUGAUUGGGUCUAAGGACAAACGCUCUAAGCUACGGAAACACCAACACGGGCGCAGAGAGAGUUCCAGCUCUUCAGAGAGUAGCAGUGAAGAAACAGAGGAAGAACUGGAGAUAACAGAAAGUUCCGAGGAGGAGACAGAGGAGCCAAACAAGGAGGAGGAAUGUGCCGUUCCUAGCAUGGACUUGUGGAUACCGACACGGACAGACCCACAGGAGUCCAACCAGGGAAGAUGCCCAACUUCAUCCCUUUUCCCUUCUGUGAGUGCCCAAGCGAAGACGGGGAGCAGCGACGUUCCCUGCGCACCGACUGAUGGAGGCAAAGCCGGAGUCGCCAGUGGCUCGGCAGAGUUGAACACCAUCCUGAGGGGCAUCGCGCACCCGCAUUCCUCCGACAUCAGCGUGAAGAACCCCAUGGAAGAGGUGACCAAGGCUUCCAGAUGUGGCAAGCAAGUGCUACGCAUCUCCCUGGAGAAUGUGAGAAGAGUACUAAGGAAAAAUACGUACUUUCAGAGGAAACGUCAAUCAAAGAUAGUAAAACCUUCUGCCACCACUUCAACAGAAGUAUCCGGAGUUAGCCCAGCUGCUGGCCAGGGGCCUCAGGGGCUGCAGAACAGCAUGGAGAAAAUUCAUCGUCAAGAGAGAGAGCGUUUGAGAAGAAUAAACCUCGACAGAAGGCUCCUCAUGGCAGUGACACCUUGGGUAGGCAACGUCCUGCUGCCUUGCACCUUGCAGCCCGGGAAGAUGGCUUUCCAUCACACUAAAGCCGAAGCCAUUCAGGAGAAGAUGAGGUCCAUCAGUCUCACGAGCACUCCCCUGUUCACGCUUUUCAUUCAGCUCUUUCAGAUUGAUACCAACGGCUGCAUGAAGGUUAUUCGUGAGAGAAGGCUAAGGCAGUCCGAGCUCCUCAAGGCCGAUGUGCGAAGGCCUCAGCAGGCUUCCCAAAAUGCAGAGACUUCAGGCGAUUCGUCACACCCUUGUGCUCAGAGGCCCUCCCAAAAGGGGAUCCCGAAGAACGCGGUCAGGAGACCCGUUGUGCUCAAAGCCAGGGACACGUCCGUCGGCGUCCUGGAGAGCAGCAGGCUCGGCCCUGCUGCGCAGGCAGCUCUUCCAACCCACGUUCAAAGGCAAAAGCCGAAAACUGUCUCGGAAUUGCUGAGGGAGAAGCGGCUGAGGGAAUCCAAGGCUAAUAAAGCUGUGCAGAGGCCAGUAUUUGUUGCCCCACAGGUGUUGGUUUCGGGGCCUAUGAUAAUCCAGCAUCCACCACACCAAGUCAUUCCUUCUGCACAAGUAGGGAACAAACCCGCAGCAGCUGCUUGUGCCGGCAGCCAAGUGCAGCGUGUUCCUCUGCCAGCAGUGACUUCUGCUGCAGGUUCAGCUUCGAGCAGCAUUGUGCUCUCAAACUGUUCCUCCCCGGGACCAGACGCUGUGCAAAGUCCUGGUUGCUCCCAAGCGACAAAAGCGCAAUCCAGCAAGGAGCUAAGUGAGCAAAGCAUUGGAAAUAGCCCUGAAGGAGGGGCUUCUACAGACAUGAAUCUGGCUACAGUGCAAAAGGCCCAAAAUUUGGGAGGGGGAAGUGUUCAGCUCGCAGCCACUAGCCCAGCUCCGGUAGUGCUGCAGAACCAAGCUUUUGUGCCACAAAUUACAGUGGUCCCUGUUGGCAUCGAGUCUGGCAACAAGAAAUUGUCUCUCUGCUCGCCAGGGACCCGCGAGCUGAACGGCGACGGGUCGCAGAGAGCGCCGCGACACCUGGGGACAGGGACAGAAGCUCCGAGUCUGGCGCUGGCCGGAGCGCCGCUCUUGGGAAAGGCGGCUGCUUGGAACCAUUCCGCACUGCUCUUCCCUGCAACCUCAGCACAUCCUGGGGGCCGCUCGCUGAACGCGCCGCCAACACCUGCGUGUCCAAAUGGGUUCUCCAACGUUUCUGACUCCUCUGCAACUCAGGCUACUUUUCCAGCUGAUGGACCAACCUUACAAACUGCAGUACUGCCACAUGUGCAGCCACCUGCAAGCGCCCAAGGGUGCCAUUCCCACUGUGUGCCAAGUGCCAUGAGUUUGGGGAAGAGCUGUGACCCCACUGCAUUAGAGGGAUCACCUUCCAACCCACCCAUCGCUGGGAAAGCAGCCGUGCUCCAGCCAAGAGAUGCGGUUCCUCCCAGCACUGUCCCAGGUAUCCUCCACUGCGUGGCAGCUCCAGUAGUGAAAACCAGACCCAUUGCCUGUAAACCCCCUGCAGAGCAGCUGCCCCAGCCAGCGACUCCCAGCGCGGAAAAGAACCCGCUCGACUUCAGCCUGAUCUCCCUGGAAGACGAGGCGCUAGUCAAGGAGUGGCUCAGUGGGAAGCAAGGUGUCCACGUACCCCCGCUGCAGACCAGGCUGCCUUAUUUGCCACCUUUUCUGUGCAAUUUAAAAACUCUUUCAAAGCUACUUCAGCAGAAGGCGGCUUUAGAGGAGCGUGCAGCGUGUCUUUUGCCUGCGGAUUCAAGUCAGGACGAGGAGCCUAGGGAUACCCUGGAAGCUAUCAGAGAAUUGGUGGAGCAGAAACUUGGUGAUAACCCUGCGUAUCUCCUGUUAAAAGCCAGAUUCCUGGCAGCAUUUACACUCCCAGCUGUGCUAGCAACGCUGCCUCCUCCCAAAGUGACAACGACCCUGUCCGUCAGCAGAAGGGAAUACAACGAGAGUGAUGAAGAGGAGUGGCAGAGCGGGAAGGAGGAAGCAGACGCAGGGAGCUGUGGGGAAGACUUGCCGGGUGAAGAGUUGGAUGGGGCAGCUGGCACCGAGCCUGGGCACCGCGAGGCCGACUUAGCCAACCAGGACAUGGAGACUGAAGAGAUGGCUCCAGAGGAUGCGACCGCUGCCAGCGCUCCUCAAAUCAGGAGAAGUGCCCGCUUCAGGAAAAGGAAGAGGACGUGA